AUGACAACUCCCAUUAAUGCAGCAGAGCAGAUGGACCAGGUAUCCAACUGGUCCGGAGUGGCCGGUGAUGAUGUUACAGUUGAGUCGACGUCCACAGUGGAUGUGAAGUUGAGCUCUGAUGAAGAAGAGAGCUCCGACCCUCAGGGACCGUGUCUCGCCUCACCUCAAACGCUUCUGACGACCUACAAACAGAGGUUGGAUGAAUUUAAGAGAUUGUUCAAAGAAGUGCCAGAGUCAGAGAUACUCAUAGCGGACUACCCGUGUGCCCUCCAGCGGGACAUCCUCCUUCAGGGACGCCUCUACCUCGCAGAAAACUGGAUCUGUUUCCACAGCAUAGUGUUUCGGGGUACAACGAUUAUACUGCCUCUUAAAGACAUCAUGACUAUGACCAGAGAGAAAACGGCUCGUCUGAUCCCCAAUGCCAUCCAGAUCUGCACAAGGACAGAGAAGUUAUUCUUCACAUCCUUCUCGGGAAGAGAGAAAAUUUAUCAGGGCAUUUUCCGCAUGUGGCAAAACACGCUGUUGGACAAGCCUCUGACCAGCUUGGAGUUGUGGCAGAUGGUCAGACAGCAUUAUGGGUAUGACCUGGGCCUGAGCCACGAGGAGAUGGACAGUUUACAGAUAUCGGCAGAAUCAAGCAUGCAGACGAGCCUGACAGUGAGGCCCGGUGGCGACGAUGGUAUCGGGAAGCUUGAGCACCCUCGGUCCCUCCGCCUCCCUGGGAUGGAGCAUGGGCCUUUGGAGACCUCCUCUCCUCAGAGGGAGGACUUGCCUUCCCCUCUCGGCUCUCCCAACAUGAACGGCUCUCGUAGUCCUGCUCCCUCGCUGGACCGCCUCGCCCCAGAGCGUGUUUCCAAAAACUCCUCGCUCUCUCUUGACCUCAACGCCAAUGAGAACGACGUGUCUGAGCAGAGCGGUUCAGAAAGCAUCGAGGACGUGGAGGAGCGAGUGGGUUUGCCCCAGGUACAUGGUCGACUCGACCUGAACAAGGUGUUCCACAUCAGCGCCGCCAAGAUGUUUGAGCUGCUCUUCAGUGACUCCAGCUUCACCCGCAGGUUCAUGAACCUCAGGAAGACAACCAACUACAGCUUUACCGCUUGGCAAAAAGAUGCCUCAGGAAACAUGAAGAGGAGUCUGAACUACACAGUAACCAUCAGCAACCCUCUGAUUGGCAAGUUCUCCACCGCUACAGAGAACCAGAUACUGUACAAAGAAUACAAGGAUGGUCAGAAUUACCUGGUGGACUCUGAGGUGUACACUCAUGACGUUCCCUAUCACGAUUACUUCUACAUAAAAAAUCGGUACUGCAUCAUAAGUAACUCGAAGCGGAAGUGUCGACUAAGGGUUUAUACCGAUGUGAAAUACAAGAAGCAGCCAUGGGGCCUGAUCAAGUCUUUCAUCACAAAAAACUCCUGGAGCGGCAUUGAAGAAAAUUUCCGACAGCUGGAGAUAGAACUGCUGGAGGAGGAAGCAGAGUUGAAUCGAGGAGGUGGAGACUCUGGGAAGACGGGUGGGCUUCGGAGGAGGAGGCGGACUUUUAGCCGGACUCCGCCAGAGCACAUGAAGCCCAACAAGCAGUACGGACCAGACCCUGAACAGCACAGUGAUGGCACCAUGGGUCCCGUAGAAAUGAACAACCUGCACAAAUGGAACACUACGACCUUAGUGGCUGGCAUGAGUCUGAUUUUGCUGAUGCUGAUGGUGAUGAACAUGGGUCUGUUUUUCAAGUUGUGGGCGAUGGAGGACGUGGCCCACCGCAUGUACCUGACCACAAAGCAUCGGCUGAGGGACAGGGCUGAGGCCAGCUUAGCCCCCGAAUAUGGGCCACAACGGGGACCGGAGUAUGGGACCAGAGAGGAUGCGCAGCUGCUAAAAACUGUACUGCAGGACUCCAUCAACCUUUUAGAACAGCUCCGCAGCUCUCUGAUAAUGCUGCAGCAAACCUUUUCUUUGGCCAAUCGCACAGCAGCUCCACAGUGAUGCUGCACAGAGAUGCUUCACACAUGGCGACUGCAGAAUGCCUGUCCCCGGCCCUGUGGAGGAACAAAAAGACUUUAUAGUGAUGUGUCUCUGUUGAAAUCUCUGGUAUCCAGUGACGUUGCCAUGUGGACUUCCCCAAACCACUGACAUAUCAUUUGUUGGCAGGGGUUACAGGUCCCAAUGCCUGUGGCGGGGCGGGGCCUCAGGUGCCAGGAUGUUUUUAGCGUUGUGGACUAACUGCUGCAAGGAGCAGGAGUUUUAGGUUUCUGGAGGCUGCUGUUGUCUGCUCCCUCGGCUGGUGUCUUUUGAACUCUUUCCUAAAAUGGUGGCAUUGAACUUCAGCAAACACCUUACUAUGUGCUGAUGAUCGUGCCACACCAAAUGAACUUUUGGAAAUGCUUUUACUUUUUGUUUUAUUCCAGGGAUGUGAAUCUAUAUUUAAAACAAUUUCCUCGAUGUACUCUUUUUGCACAUUUUUUAAUUUUUACACAAUUAUCUCGUAGCUGUGUUUUUAAUAAUACUGUAUAUGAGCCAAAUCUGGUGCUGUUGACGAUGGGCCUUUUUCCUUUUCACACCACUUGAUUAAUUUUCCUCAUACUUCAUGUAUUUUCUUCUACACUGUGAACGAAGUAUAAUAUGUUGGUUUAAUUUAAAAGUCUACAUGUUGGGUCAGUGAGACUCAGGUUAUCUCGCACUUUGCUUUCACACUGUUAACACUAGAGGCAUGCUUGAUUUGUUAUUUACAUGAACACAAUUGUCUUUUUUUUGUUAAUCACUUGUUGGUCACAUGCCCCUACAAUUGUCAAGUUUGUUUACAGUGUUUCUAACGCCGUAAUUUGUGUGCAUCAUUUUGUACAGCUGUUUUUACUUCAAGCCAACUCUGCAAGCGACCACGUGUUUGUUUAUUUUAAACAUUUUUAGGCAUAUUGCAAUAAAUAAACACGAUUUAUUGCCGUAAUCAUGAGCUGUGCUGCAGAGAUUUUGAAGGUACACCCUUCGAGCUGAAAAUGAUUAUGUUCAUAAAUUAUUUUCUUGAUUAAUUAUUGUCUAUAAAAAGCUCUCAAUAUUAUAAACUAUAAAAUAGUGUUCAUAAAAGGUCCAUCAAACCAGCUGACAUUUUGGUUUAACCAACUUAUUCAGUUUUCUAUCAUAGGAGACCAAAAAAAACUCCCUAAUUUAAACAUUUUAGAAGCUGUUGAUUUUAAUCAUUUUACUUUAGGAGUUACUGAAUCGAUUACAGACCACUGCAGGCUUUAAAACAAGCUCAUGAUUCUAUAUUGGCUAUUAAAUAGUGUGUUUCUUUGCCUUGUGAAUUAUCUAUUUAUUAUUCUUAAAGCUGAUCUGCCUCAGAACAAAGGGAAAUUACCAUGUUGCUCUUCACCAAGUGUCUGACCAGACAGAGUACUAGACUUCAUUGUAUGAAGCCAAGAUUUUUUGAUUGUUUGAUUUGUUUUGUUGUAUGAUGCUGGGAACUGCACACUGUCCGCUACUGCUGAAAACAGAAGUGGAAAACUAAAUGGGAGUAAAGCCCAAUGUGUCUUUGUCACAGGUGAAAUACAAGACUAUUCAGACAUUCUUUAAUUAUUUACCACUAGCAUGUCCUUGUGUACUCCGAGAGGGACUACCACAUUGCCUCUGUAGGAUAUCUAAUACUGGCAAUUAGUUUAUAUUGAAAAUCUAUUGUUGUAGCCUAUGGACUUUAAUAAAAGAGUAUAUACUA